AUGGUUGCUCCUUUACUUCGUAAAGAGUCGGCUAGGCUCGAAGAAGAGGUAUCCUCCACGGAGAAGAGCAGUAUUGUGCCUAGUGUGAGGGACCCGAAGAAGUACCAUAUGUUGAAUGAUCCUGAUUACAAGAAAAGGAAGGAUAAGGAGGAAGAGAUUCUUCGUGACAUCCAGCCUAUCAUUUCACUCGCUAAAGAGAUUCUUCACUCUAAUAGGUAUAAGGAUGGGGAACGAUUAACUGUUGCAGAUGAGGAAGCUGUAGUAGAGAUGCUUCUUCGUUAUCAUCCACAUUCUGAAGAUAAAAUUGGAUGUGGACUUGAUUCUAUUAUGAUAUGGUACUUGGUGGAUUUGUGAUGUGAAUGAUUAAGUGUACUAAGUACAAUGAUGUAUGGUUGAGUGGAAUGCAAAGCUAUAGGUUGAAUCAUGAUUAGGAGACAAGCAUGAUGAUUAGACUCAGACUAGUCUUAUGGUCAGUGGGUGGACCGGCAACUACUGUAGGAGGGUCCACUGCACAGCUGGAUGAACAAAAUCAAUUGCUCUCCCCUGUUUGUAUAAUUUGCUCCAACACUAUCUUGGGGAAGAGGAUCAAAGAUUUUCCAUUAAAGAGCCGUGAAUUAUGUGAUACUCAGCCUGGUCUUAUCAGUACAGUUUUAGUCCAGUAGUGCAUUUUAUUUGAGACUGAGGGGCCGAAGAUUUUUUAAUUUUAUAAAAAAUUGAUUUUAAUUUAUCAUUUAUUUUUUAAGUUUGGUGUGGUCUUGUCUGACUUUUGACCACGCUUCUAGAAAUAUUGGUCCAUAAAGAAAACGAAAAAAAUAAAUUUUAAA